CAGUCAAUACACUAGAUUUGUUAAUUCAAUCAAUCAAGAUAUAUGUUUGAAUAUAUAUUUGUAUUUAUAGAAAAAAUGUAUCUUGGUGACAUGUGAAAUUCAGGUGAUGCUGGACAGGACUCUGAAUCAGGACGACAUGAGGGGUCAAGGUCAAGGUAUCCGAGACAACACGCUGACCCCAAACAGACCCAAACAUACCCAAACAGUCCCGCAGUGCUCCCCCAAUCAAGGACAAAACAAGUGGUUUUCCUUCACUCCAAGCUCACAUGACCUACCUGUACCUAGCACAUACCAUUCAGAUUCUACCUCAGAAGAACUCAGCCAGUGUACCGUCAUUUAUUUCCCAGCAUUCCUUCCUGUCGGGAUCUUUACCGUGUGAUGUGCACCUACCCAAUCUUUGGUCCUUACAGCAGAGUUAUGAUGGACCAAUCACACGGAGCGAUGACUCAGCACUCCUAUUACACAGACUAAAACUUGAUUGUGUGAUUUCAAGCCAUGUAUUAUCUUGUACUGAUGCACAGGGGGAUGUCAGAUUACGGGAUCUGCUCAGUGACACGCUAGGGGUGAAGGAGAUGCGGCGGACGUCCUUGAUAUUACUACACGACAAAGGCCCCACAUCGCUAGAUAGUGGCCUGACCUUGAAUCCCAUGAAAUAUACAGUUUCAAGGUCAAAUGGUGCGUGUUUCAUGGAUUGUCUGUUUUCCUAUCCAUCCUUCAGGUUUUGAAAUCCAGACCCCUUGGGAUGUUCCUUAUGAGAAUCGUGUCUAUGGAUACAAAAUUGUAAUGGUAUCAUCAGUGGAUGCAGGAAUAUUUUGUACGUCACAAACAUGUUACCGCACCCAUCAAGUAUUUAUGUGUAUUGUAUGGAUGUUGACUUAUAAAAAACUCAGGAAUGAUAUUCAAAUCCCUGAAGAAUAUCGGAUGUGAAAGAAUACUGUCGUUGUGUGUGUGUGUGUUGUUUUCUUGUAUUUAAAUGACAUGUAUUAUUUUAUUUUGUUGAUGAUAUGAACGUGGAUCAGUGAUGUAUAAUGAU